UGUUACAGUGUGUGUCAUGAUUUUCCAUCGAAGUAUUUGGAUUGAAGCAGGAAGUGCCAACUAGUCCUCUCCUGUUAUGUCUGAUUUUCCAUCGAAGUAUUUGGAUUGAAGCAGGAAGUGCCAACUAGUCCUCUCCUGUUAUGUCUGGCUACCCAAACCAGGUCCCCUACCCGAUGUCCUAUCACGGGGGCCAGGGCCAAUCGGUGGCUCCAUACCCUGCUUUUCAGGGCGGUUACGGAGACUCCGCUCAAGCCCCACCUCCAGGCUUUAACAUGGAUUACAACCAUGGUCAAAAUCCUCCUGUCACGUUUCAACCGGCACCUAUGGGCCAAGCGGGGGCGGUCUCAGGUGGACCCCCCAUGUAUGGCGUCCCCCACCAGGGGGCGGUGGGCCCAGCGGAAAUGGUCCCUAAUGCUGCCACAAAUGUAGUUGCUGUUGGGGUCCCGCCAGGACUUGAAUACCUCACACAGAUUGACCAAAUUCUCAUCCACCAGAAAGUGGAACUCCUCGAAGCUAUCAUUGGUUUCGAGACAAACAACCAUUACGAGAUAAAGAACAGCUUGGGCCAAAAGAUCUACAAAGCCAAGGAGAAGAACGACUGCUGUACCAGAAACUGCUGCGGUUCGCUACGAAGUUUUGACAUGAAGAUCAAAGAUAACUCAGACCGUGAGGUCAUCCGCCUGGUGCGGCCCUUUCGAUGCGUGUCUUGCUGGUGCCCGUGCUGCCUACAAGAGUUGGAGGUCCAGGCCCCUCCAGGCACCACGGUGGGCUACGUCAAACAGGACUGGCACCCUUUCCUGCCACGCUUUUCCAUUCAGGAUGCCACCAAGGAGACCCUGAUGAAACUGGAGGGUCCUUGCUUCGCCUGCAACUGCUGCGGGGACGUCAAUUUUGAGCUGAAGAGCAAAAAUGGCAGCCAACCCAUCGGUCGCAUAAGCAAGCAGUGGAGUGGACUUUUGAAGGAAGUCUUCACCGACACAGACAACUUUGGCAUCCAGUUUCCUCUGGACAUGGACGUCAAGAUGAAAGCUGUCCUCCUCGGUGCAUGUUUUCUAAUUGAUUUCAUGUUCUUCGAGAAGGUGGGCGAGGCCAACCAGCGCAGCACUGUCUUUUCCUAAAACCAGUGGGGGAAAAGCCAACAGCAGUGAUUUAUGAAUUUGAUAGUGACUUUGUAAAUGUCAUUUAUAUUCAUCAAUUAGUUUUUACUAGUUGCCCUAAUGACAGAAGCCAAACACAAUACCUCUGAAAAGAUACUGGCCUACCAUUUAUGUGCUUUAUUAUUGUUAUUAUUUACUUGUUAUUAAUAACAUUAUUAUAUAUUAUUUUGUAACGCUUACAUUUUUAGAAGAUCAAAACAAGCCAUAUGUAUGUAUGUAUGUAUGCUACCUCUCAACCUUUCAAUGACACUCCACUAUACUGCACAUUGGGUUCUUUCUACUUUAAUACUUUUAUACUCUUGUAUAACUUUCUAAUGCAAUUAAAGCAAAGUGGAAAGUAAGCAAUAAAAUAAAGCAAUAUUCAAGUUUCAUGGACAUUA